AUGCAUUUCUCGACCAAGCCGCUUGAGCUUCUCCCGCGUUUCUAUUCUGGAUCUGGGCCCAGCGCACUUUCCCCGGACGGAUCGAUUCUGUAUUCAUGUUCCCUCUCUACGGAAAAUGUACCAAAAAUACAUGCAACGCUGAUCCACGAAGGCGUGGAUUCUGUUAGCUCUUUCACCAUCGAGCCUAAUGCUUAUGCAGACGGUGCAGAAAGUGAUGAUGUCCCAAUAGCAAUGGCCGCUGCAGAUGGGCUUCUUUUUAUUUCGUUUCGAAUUUCCAACAUGCUUAACGUGUACAAGGUUUCUUCUGAUCAAAACAUUUCGGUCUCCCUUCAUCAGAGCAUGGUUCCACAUUCAAAUAACAAUCCCGUCAUUGGAAUGCUGCUGGUCAGGCAAGAUUUGCUGCUUACAUCGUCUACGGACAAGACGAUUCGUUUGUGGCAUGUGAGCUCUGGCACACUUACUCUGGUCAACUCUAUUCGCCCCGAUAGCGUUAGUGUCGGAAUGGAUUGCUUAUCAAAUGGAGAGAUCCUUGCCACUAUUUCGGUCGAGGGAGCCAUUCGUCUUUGGAGCCUUUCUACGUGCAAGCCAAUCACUGCACCGCUCGUUUCAAGCGAAGUGGCCGGAGAUUCGAUUGCUGGGUCUGCAUGCUUUGCUGUGAAAUUCUUUGUCGUUGCAUAUCGUUCAGGGAUUCUUGUAAUUUGGGACCUGAUGUCAAAGUCUAUCGUCCGGAAGCUAGGGUUACCUAGCAGCCUAGUCCAGAAUGAAAUUACUACGGUUGCCUCGACUUCCCAUCAAUCUCGAGAAGCUUGGAUUGGCACAUCUUCUUUGGGAAUUUUCCGCUUAACCUCAGAUCUGCAACUCGUUUCAUCUCAAGAACUAUCUAUAAGAUGUAACAAGCUGCUUUUCAUUAAGAAAAAAAUGGAGGCUGAGGUCAACUGUAGCAAUGUGGAAACCCAAAAUGGCAUCUGCAGCGACGCACAGCUGAAGCGGCUUCGGGCCGUUGCACUUGGACUGCCAACUCUGCCUUUGAUUUCGGUAUUUGAUUUGGAGGAUUAUGAAAAGACUCCGAUUUUGGCGAUGACCACGAUUGGUGAUCCCGGUGAAGUUACCGACCUGGCUUCGGUCGGAAAUUGCUUUAUCUUUGCUAGCGAUUCGGGUGCUCUUGUCGGAAUUAGAGAGGGAAAGGGGUGGCCCAUCUUAUCUUCCAAGAUCGAAGAUUCGCCCAUUCUAUCUCUCUCACAAGGGAUAAAUGGACGCAUAGUUUCUGGCUCAAAGAAUGGCACCAUUUCGCUAUGGCGGGUCCAUGACAAAAGUCAACAACCCAUUGGUGGGACUUUACAAAUUUCUCUACAAGAUAGCGUAAAUGUCGGCAAAAAUGUGGCAAUUUCUGGAGUCGCUCUAACACCAAAUGACAAUAUCUUUUCCAUUGGCUCAGAUGGAAUGAUCCGUCAAUGGAGCAUCGAAUCUACAAAAAUAACCUCAGAUUCGGCAAUUCUGGGCCAUGCUGGCGCUACAAUAACGUCCAUUGCUGCGUGCAAACACAUGGGAUCUAAUCUCUUGAUUACGGGCUCCCAAGAUAAGGAAGCAAAGGUGUGGGAUGCCUCGGGAGUUUGUCCUGUCCUCAAGCACACACUCACAGGACAUACACGAAGCAUAUGGAGCGUCGCCAUUGGCGCAAAUACUCUUCGUGCUGCAGUUGCUUUCACUGCUUCUGCAGAUAUGACCAUUAGAGUCUGGAAUGCCGAUACAGGUGCUGCUCUUUCCGUUUUGGGUGGUCCGAGUGUAGAUGGCAGCCACACAGGCAGCAUCCUUCGUGUUGCCAUCUUUCCACCCUUUGGCGAUCAAGAUGAAAGCACCCAUAUCGCUUCAUGUGGUGCUGAUGGGCUUGCAAAAGUCUGGAACUGGCGGUCGAGAGCAUGUGAAUCGACUAUUGAAACGAAAGAGUUUUGUUCUCAAAAGUUGUGGUCGCUCCUUAUCCAUCCGCAAGAUGGCCGUUCUAUUCUUGCAGGUCCUGGACUUAUCUUUUCUGAGAUAUCUGCAGAAGUGGGCGCCAGGGAACAUACUGCACGAACAAUACAGAUGGAGGCCGAGCAGGCACUUAGGAAUGCCAUUUCUUUGGGAGCAAUAGAUGAUGCGGUCCGUUUGGCGCUUGAAAAUAGUCAGCCUUUAAGGCUGCUUGCUCUGCUAAGGCAGUGUCCAAAUGCCAUCGAUCCCCUGAUUAAAACUCUUCCCUUGGAGCGACAAAAAAAGCUACUUGGAUGGACCAGCGAAUGGAUUACUGCGCGUCCAUCAGAUGCUGCCCUUUGCCAGCAUCUGCUUGCGCUAAUGCUGAAUCAAUUUCCUCCGGCUCUUCUGCUGGAAGAAGAAAAGAAGAUUUCCUCGAUGCUUCCCUACUGUAAGCGGCUUUGGGAACGCUUUGAUGACGGGUUGAUCUCUUUGGGUGCUCUGGAUGCACUUCUUUGCUCUAUGACCGCAGGCUUGCAAUAA